CGAGCCGCCUGCGAGGCUUUUUUCGUCUGGAAUUCUGCGGGUUUAUAAAUGAUUCAUAGAGUGAGCCUAUUUUUAAGAGGAGUAAUUGCGCGCAGUUCGCACAGUCAGACAGUGUGUUACUAUCAGCUAUGAGUGCGUGUUCUGUUUUCGCGUGAGCGCUUGCGUGUGAGUGAAAGCCGGUCACCAAUCUGCAGAGGAGACGGAGCGGAGAUUCCAGACGACAGAAACAGUAAGCGUGUGGAAACUUCGUGAGAGACAGUCACAUUUUGUUGGCUUUAAUCCUAGGGUUUGAUCGAAUAUAUCGUCAAAGCCUGCCAGCCAGUAUAGCCGUUGGACAAGGGAAUCAACUGUUGCUGCAGUAGACCGUUUUCAAAGGGACAUUAGGCUAGUCACAAUUCAUCAAGUCUGUGUUGAUGAAUCUAUACAUGAGUUUGAGAAUGGAUUUUUAACCAUCACCCGGACCUAGUUUAUUUAUUGUGCUGCGAGCUGGAUACAUGUUGUUUAUGGUCUGUUCUGAUACUGCAUAGAGAAUACAUGCUCUUCCAGAAUGAUCCCACUCCACGCCUCUCCUGGCUUUUUGAUAUGGUUUUAUCAGAUUCUUGUAUCAGACAGUAGCAGUUGCUUGUAGGCAAGAGCGCACGUUUGGGCUAUUUGAACCAUUCCAAAGGCAUUUGGAGGAUUAUAGUGGGUUGUUUCUUUCUCUGUGACCUUGCCUCUCCGGCAUUAAUCCAGACGGAUAGAUGCUGAUGAUGGAGAAGAACGGCAUGGACGCGCAUCAGGUUGGAAUCAAUCAUGAAUACGAGCUGGAGGGCCGGCCUCGGUCAUGCUGGCCGCUGCCGCCGUGUCCUGAGGAUUUCCCACGGGGAGUGGAUGAAGCAAAUCGAGGUCUGCCCCUGGCAUCUAUCAAACUGGAGCAGCUUCAGUACAACGUGCCGACAUGCCGCGGCCGAGCAGUGGAGGGAAGAGGUGGCGCACCCGUAGAGCUCAAACAUCCAUCCGGUGCCCCGGUCCCUAUAGCACCCGGCGCACCUACAUGCAUGUCGGGGGCUUCCCUCGACGUGGCUGGCCAGCUGCGCAAAGCCAAGUCGUCCCGGAGGAACGCGUGGGGAAACCAGUCGUACGCGGACCUCAUCACGCGUGCCAUUGAGAGUGUCCCGGAGAAGAGACUCACUCUGUCGCAGGUUUACGAUUGGAUGGUGCGCUUUGUCCCUUAUUUCAAGGAUAAAGGCGACAGCAAUAGUUCAGCUGGAUGGAAGGUUAUUGUCCUGCUGAAAGCUCUCUCUGACGGAGCCAUGAUCUCCCACUGGGGACAGAAGUUUGAGCUCCCGAAGGUGUCUCCUCGCUUCACCUGGACUCAGCUCUCUGACGGAGCCAUGAUCUCCCACUGGGGACAGAGGUUUGAGCUCCCGAAGGUGUCUCAUCGCUUCACCUGGACUCAGCUCUCUCUGACGGAGCCAUGA